CUUCUGCCAGUGCCAACGAAACCAAUCUGCCAAUUUCGUCAAUUUGGUUCUGCCAUUGUAAAAUGGACCCAUGUAGAGGGUGCUGAUUAAAGAUUCUAUUUAUUCUUUAAUUCGCCUAAUAAAACUUUUCAAUAAUAAGUAAAAAUGAGCGUGUUUAAGUCAGCCAUGGGCUACUUUAGCUCCAGUGGUGCUAAUGGUGGAAGCGACAAUGAAUUCGUGGGUCAAUUUGUUGAAAUUGGGAAUAUGAAACUGAGAGUCAAAAAAGUGAUUGCAGAAGGUGGUUUUGCGUUUGUGUUUGUCGCCCAAGACGUGUCAUCUGGCACUGAAUAUGCUCUAAAGAGACUCAUGGCGGCUGACGAGCAGGCAAACAAAAAUAUAAUCCAGGAAAUUAGUCUAUUAAAAAAGUUAUCGGGUCAUCCCAAUGUUAUUAAAUAUAUAGCCGCUUCAUUUAUUGAUAAGUCAAAGACCUCGCAUGGAAUGGGAGAGUAUUUGUUGUUGACUGACCUGUGUAGCGGGGGCAGCUUGAUGGAGGCCCUUCAGAACCGAGGGCAGGCCUUCCCGCUGCCGACUAUCCUCAGAGUGUUCUACCAGACAUGCAAGGCAGUGCAACACAUGCACGCACAGGUUCCUCCAAUCGCCCAUCGUGAUCUCAAGCUAGAAAAUUUCUUAAUAUCUAAUGAAGGUACAAUGAAACUCUGUGAUUUUGGUUCCGCAACUACUGACGUGUAUUCGCCUAAUCCUUCCUGGAGUGCUAAUCAAAGAAAUAUGUUAGAAGAAAACUUGGCCCAGUUCACGACGCCCAUGUACAGAGCCCCAGAAAUGUUAGACACCUGGGACAACCGGAAAAUAGACCACGCAGUGGACGUAUGGGCGUUGGGUUGCAUACUGUACACUCUCUGUUACAUGCAGCAUCCGUUCGAGGACUCGGCUAAGUUGGCCAUAUUGAACGGAAAUUACAACCUCAACCCUAACGAUCAGCGCUACAAAUGUUUACAUGAAAUCAUAAACGGAUGCCUGACGGUGAGCCCGGAGCAGCGGCUGACCAUCAGCGGGGUGCUGGAGCGGCUGGCGGCCGUGGCGGAGUCCAACAAUAUCAAUCUCAAGCAACCACUCAAAUUUGAGCGUAAAAAAGUUGAACAAUCUGUGGCCACUAGCUCGCCAGGUAAUAAGAAAGUUACUCCAAACAGCCAGGAGGUGCCGAACUCGCGGCCGCCGGAGCCGGCGCGGCCCCCGCCGCCCGCGCGACCGCCGGCAGCGCCGCACUACCCCCUACCGGCGGCGCCCGGGAACUCGGGAGGACUGUUCUCGUCGAUAAAAGGUGGCGCUGGCAGCUUCUUGAAGAAUCUGAAGGACACCUCUUCGAAGGUCAUGCAGACUGUUCAACAAUCUAUAGCGCGAACAGAUUUAGACAUGAGUUACAUUACAAGUCGCGUGCUUGUGAUGCCGUACCCGUCCGAGGGACUGGAGAGCGCAUAUAAGACUAAUCACAUUGACGACGUCAGGGCAUUCUUAGAAACGCGUCACCCCGGCGGCAAGUACUGCGUGUUCAACCUGUACCGCGGCGGGCGCCUGCACUUCCCCCGGCACGCGACGGUGGCGGACGCCUGGCAGCUGUGGCCGACGCCCGCGCACCGCGCCCCCCUCCUCGCCCCUCUCUUCAGGCAACUACAGACCAUGUACCAGUGGCUGGGUCGGGAUGAGAAGGCCGCCGCUGUCAUCGCUUGCCAGGACGGCAAGUCGAUGUCUUGCAUGGUGCUGUGCGGGCUGCUGUUGUACGCGAAGCUGGUGACCGUGCCGGAGGACGCGCUGCAGAUCUUCGCCGUCAAGCGAGCGCCCGCCAACAUGCCGCCCAGCCAGCUCCGAUACCUAUACUAUCUUAGUAAUAUUAUAAGGCCUGAACCAAUACUCCCACACUUUAGGCCAGUUACUCUAGUCUCCCUAACUAUACAACCAGUACCACUAUUUACGAAAGCCAGGGAUGGUUGUAGGCCAUUCAUAGAAGUAUUCAACGAGGACAGGGUGUUGUUGUCGACGCUACAGGACUAUGACAGGUUACACAUGUACACGGCACAGGAAGGCAAGGUGACAUUACCACUGGACACGACGGUAUGCGGCGACGUGCUAGUAGUAGCGUCGCACGCGCGCCAGCAGCUCGGCCGAGUGCACACCGUGCCCAUGCUGUCCGUGUCCUUCCACACCGGCUUCCUGCAGCCCACGCAGCACGCCAUCAAGUUCACCAGAACCGAGAUCGACGGCAUAGAAGAUAUAACCCCGGUCAACGACCACUUCCCCUCCAACGUGUCUGUCGUCAUCAGCCUCGUGGUUCAGAACGGCGAGCGCCGCAAGCCGCGCUCCGACCCCUGGGAGGAGGACCACUCCUUCCCGGUGCGGACGCCGGACGUACUGUUCUCCACCACGCUGGAGAGAGACGAGACGAUCGAUAACUUUGCUAACCUCCGAAGCAACCCCACGGCUAUACCGCCCACAAUGACAGCGGACUACCCCCCCGCGGAGGCCGCCCCUGCCCCCCCGCGGCCCGCUCCCCCCGCCCCCGCGCCCGCGCCGCCCCGCCCGCCGCGCCCCGCGCCCCUCGACCCCGCCCCCGCCCCCGCCCCGCCCGCCGACACCGCGGACUUCCUCAACCUCGCCACGCCCAAACCCAAGGACGGGAGGAAACUCAAGGCCGACGACUCGUUCGACUUCUUCGGGAUGAUGGAGAAGCGGGACGACGGGUUUGGAAACUUUCUGGGCGGGCGCGCGGCGGCUGAUAAUCCGCAGCCGUUCUCGUCGGAGUCGAUAUUCGGCGCGGUGCCGGCGACGGCGGCCGACGCCCCGCGGCCGGCCGCGGACCCCAAUUUCGACCCGUUCGGGCUCAACGACCCGCUGCCCAAACAGGACAACCUACUCACUCCGCAACCAGUCAAGGAGGAUGUCCGACCCGCGAGCGUGCCGCUAGACGAGCUGAAGAAGGACCCGUUCGCGGAGCUGGGCCUGCUGGCCGGCGCUAGCCUCGGGCCCGCGUCCGCGCCGGGCGCCUCGCCGCGCGCCUCGCCCCUUCACCAGCCCGCGACGUGUCCGCAGCACCAGCCCGACUACAGUCGAACACACUUCGAGCCAGCCAAAACGCCAAUGGACGACAAGCCGAAAAAGCCGGCGGACGUGUUUGGAGACCUACUAGGCAGUCAGGGGUACGAGUUCGCGGCCAAAAAAGACUCUGGCCCGCGGACCAUGAACGCCAUGCGCAAGGAAGAGAUGGUCAAGGAAAUGGACCCGGAGAAGAUUAAGAUACUGGAUUGGACGGAAGGCAAGAAGGAGAACAUCCGCGCGCUGCUGUGCUCGCUGCACACGGUGGUGUGGGACGAGUGCCGCUGGGCGCGCGUCGACAUGGCGCAGCUAGUGUCGCCCGCAGACGUCAAGCGCCACUACCGCAAGGCCUGCCUCGCCGUGCAUCCCGACAAGCAAAUGGGCACGGACAACGAGAACAUCGCUAAAAUGAUCUUCAUGGAGCUCAACAACGCCUGGAGCGACUUCGAAAACGACGCCAAGCAGCAGAAUCUCUUCCAGUCUUAACUUAAUAACGUAGGCCGUUCUUAACAAACUAAAACUAGGGCCCGAUACCAGACAAAGGAAUAAUAUCGUAGCGGGGAAUUUGC